AGAGCUACUUCCACAUAUAUUCAUAUAUUCUUUACUCUAUAGCGUUACUGCGCGUGUAAAAUCGAAGCUAAUAUCUAAAAAUAACGAGAAAGAUGACUGGAGAGCAAGCGGAGCUGGUGUUCAUCCCUGCACCGGGCAUGGGCCACAUCGUAUCGACGGUGGAGAUUGCGAAGCUCCUCGUCGCUCGCGACUCUCGUCUUUUCAUAUCAGUCCUCAUCAUGAAGUUCCCAUUAACCGACUCCAAAGUUAGCUCCCACACUGAAGUAUUUCUCUCUUCUUCCGCUUCCAUAUCGGAUCGCAUCAAGUUCAUCGACCUACCGGCGGUCCAGAUCGACGGUGAGGCCUUCAAACCCAUCAACUUCCUCUUUCGAUUCUUUGAGGAUCAGAAACCCUUGGUCCGAGACGCAGUCAAGAAGCUCGUCGAUUCCGGGUCGGGUCCCCGACUCGCCGGGUUCGUCAUCGACAUGUUCUGCACUACGAUGACGGACGUGGCCGACGAGUUUGGCGUUCCGUCGUACUUGUUUUUCACGUCAGGAGCUGGGUCACUGAGCUUCAUGUUCCAUACCCAAGUCCUAAACGACAACCAUAACGUGGACAUAACUGAGUUAAAGGACAAACCGGAUUCGGAGCUUCUGGUACCCGGUUUUAUCAACCCAGUUCCGGUUAAGGUCUUACCCGGUGUGUUAUUUGACAAGGAAGCGCUUCCCUUGUUCCUCAAUCAUCACAGGAAGAUGAGAAAAAUGAAGGGUAUUUUGGUAAAUACGUUCAUGGAGCUAGAAUCCAACGUGAUCCAGUCCUUAUCUAACAGGGAAUCAUUCCCGCCAAUUUACCCUGUGGGGCCCAUAUUAAAUCUAAGUCCCGGGGUGGCUGACAAGAAGACUACAGAAAUAGUAGCAUGGCUUGAUAGACAGCCUACUUCCUCGGUAGUGUUCCUCUGCUUUGGGAGCAUGGGAUGCUUCGGUGGGGAUCAAGUGAAAGAGAUCGCCUUGGCGUUGGAGACAAGUGGGGUCCCGUUCUUAUGGUCCCUACGACAACCCCCACAGAAAGGCAGCAUGGUCCCUGUCCCAACGGACUACACAGAUCCGAACGAAGUUCUUCCCGAGGGAUUCCUAGAUCGGACGACUGAGAUUGGCAAGGUCAUAGGAUGGGCCCCACAGACGACUAUCCUGGCCCACCCAGCCGUAGGAGGAUUUGUAUCUCAUUGCGGUUGGAACUCUACACUAGAGAGCUUGUGGUUCGGCGUGCCCGUUGCCACGUGGCCGUUGUAUGCAGAGCAACAACUGAAUGCUUUUCAGUUGGUGAGAGAGUUGGGAUUAGCGGUGGAGAUUAAGGUGGACUACAGGAAGGAUUUCAACGAAAGCACAGGGAAUGAACCUGGGGUGGUUAUUCUGAAAGCUGAAGAGAUAGAGAGAGGGAUAAGGAGUGUGAUGGUGCACGAUAGUGAUAUAAGGAAGAAGGUAAAAGAGAUGAGUGAGAAGAGCAGGAAAGGCUUACUGGAAGGUGGGGCCUCCUCUUUUUUGGGUCGUUUCAUAGACGACGUGAUAGACAAUCUUUCUUCAAGACUCGAAAGUCAAAUAUAUUAGCUACUUGCGAGUGACUCUGUUUGCUCCACCUUUUCGUAAUUUGUAAUAUUCGAAUCGGACGAAAAUAAGGAUGUUACUGUUUUACUUGGUGAAUUAUCACUCGAAUUAAUUACAAAAAUUUUCUCCAAA